UCUUCCUUCCCGUCUCCUGCCCCACUGCCAGCAGCUCCACGGUGCUACAACUGGUGGAAGUGAUGGGCUUUCAGAGAGCCCAGGCUCCAGGGCGCACAGGGACACCUUCCCACUACGUACGGGGUGCUGGUAGAGUGGGAGGGAUCCCAGGUGCCGGGGCCCGGCGGCACACAAGACUCUGGUGCUGCAGGGACAGCUGCCUCCAGUGCCACUGCUCCCAGGAGGGCUCCUGCCGGAGGCACUGAAGGGACAGCUCCCUAUUUCUCCCGAGGCUCCUGCCUAUUAAGCACAGGGCGGUUCCUGCUGGGGGUGCUGAAGGGACAGCGCCCCAUUGAGCCGCCUGCGGCUGUUGGGAGAGGGCUGCUAAGGGAGAAGCUCCCCGAGCCUCUGCUGUUCACACCGCCGCUGCUGCUAAGCCAGCGGCUGGCCUCGAAGGGACACCAGCUUCUUCCCAGCUCCCUUGGACUCCGGCCACAGCAGCUCCGGGCAGCCAGGAAUGUAAUCCACAAUGCUAGUUCUCAGGGUGCUCAAUGUUGUUGCUCCAGCCUACUUCCUGUGCAUCUCCUUAGUGACCUUCGUCCUCCAGCUCUUUCUCUUCAUCCCCAGCAUGUUCAAAGACCCUUCCACCACCCCACUUUUCUCUCCUGCUCUGCUGCAUGGGGCCCUCUUCCUCUUCCUCUCAGCUAAUGCCCUGGGGAACUACAUCCUUGUGAUACAGAACUCCCCUGAGGACCUUGGCAAGUGCCUGAACUCGGGCGGAGGAGCCGAAGUGGUGGCGGACCGGCCGGACAGAAGCAGGUCCCCUUGCUCAGCCUUGCCCAGCACCCACUUCUGUAGACUGUGUGCCAGAGUCACCCAAAGGCAUGACCACCACUGUUUCUUCACAGGGAACUGCAUCGGGAGCAGGAACAUGCGGAACUUCGUCAUGUUCUGCCUCUACACCUCCUUGGCUUGUCUCGACUCCCUGGUGGCAGGGGUGGCUUACAUUUCUGCAGUGCUCUCUAUGUCCUUUGCAAACCCACUGGCCUUCCUCGCCCUCCUGCCUCACUCCAUCAGCCAGUUCUUCUCAGGAGCUCUCCUUAGCUCUGAAAUGUUUGUCAUUCUCAUGCUGUACCUCUGGCUUGGAAUUGGACUUGCCUGUGCUGGCUUCUGUUCCCACCAGAUACUGUUGAUCUUACGAGGGCAAACUCGCUACCAGGUGCGGAAGGGGAUGGUGGUAAGAGCCCGGCCCUGGAGGAAGAACCUGCAGGAUGUCUUUGGGAAGAGGUGGCUAAUAGGACUUCUCAUUCCUAUACUAAAUGUGGGAAGUGACUAUCACAGGCAUAAAGACAAGUAACUCUCCACAACACAUACACACUGAUAUACCCCUACUUUCUCAUACUCUGCUGCAACAUGGCAAAGUUGGGAUAUUCCAUCUCUCAGUACUGCAGACUCUGGGGGGAAGGGAUUGGCUAGCAAACUGAACAGAAAUAAGGGAUUGUCUUUCUGUUCUGUGCUUGUACAGUGCCUAGCACAAUGGGGUCCACAUCCAUGACUAGGGCUCCUAGCCGCUAUGUUAAUACAAAUAAUAAAUAUUAAUAAGGAGAUCACAAACCAUGUAGAUGAAGAGAUACUGCCGCUUUGUAGACACAUCACUGCACCUGUGUACAUGGCAACAGUCUCUGUACUAUUAGAAAAAUAAUAUUCAAAUCCUCCUUUAGGCUCCUUUCUCACUCUUUUAUCUCCCCCCUCUCUCUUGCUCUCUCUCUCUCUUAUCUAACCUAUGCCUUCUCCCACAACUGGCAGCAGGAUCCUUCUCCAUUUAGCUGAUAGUCCAUGCUAUAAUGACUAGAUUGUAAGCAAAGUAUAUGUUCCUGUGGGGGGUUUCCAAGUUGGAGCUUUAUGAAGCAAAGUGACCUGAAACAGAAAGAAGCAUUUAACAAUAAAACUUUAGUGCAGCCAAACCCUCUAGGAAGAGGCUGCUAGGAAGGCAGAGAGAGUCUAGUCUUGAUAGACUAGAAAUUAGGGAUGGAAAGGACUUAUUAGGUCUCUUGAUCUCCAAUUAUUCUUGAUCUCUUCCCUUCGUAGGUGUAUGAAGGGAUAGCAGCUAAUAGACUGACCAUGAGGCCUAUCAGGAUUGCAACUCUAUUGGCUGCUUCUCAGAGUAUUUCUUCUUCAACUCCCCACCCCCAACCCUUGCCUUAUGACACAGUCCAUGGCACAAUUGUCUAUCCCGCUUCAAGGAUCAGCAAGCGGAUCUAAUAAUGGACCUUGGAUCAAAUAAGGCAGAGAUACAAGGAAAGAAAACUGUGAGCAUGAAUGGAAAAGAUGCAUUUGAGAGUUGGGCUGUGUGUGAGUGAUUGUGUGACAGAGAUAGGCUGGGGUGACUUGCGUGAGUGAGUGACAGAAAGUGCAUGCAUACAGACUGGGCUGGCAGGAGAGUGUAAGUGGCAGCAUUUAAAUGUACAUCCUGAUGUAGCACACAGUCAAAGAUGGUCCGUCCAUGUUGAGUGGUGUUCAGAGUUCAGACCUCACUAGAAGACAGUGGGGUUCUCCAAAGACCGUGACACUUUGCUAUCAUUUUGUAGUAGUAUUAAAAAUUAACAAAAUUAUUACCUCAAACAUUCCUGCCAUACCUUUACCAUAGGCUCUUCAGAGGUUCUCAAACUGGGGGGGGCGUGGAAUGUGUUCUGGGGGGGCAUGAGAAGCUUUAGGGAAAAAAUUACUGCGCAUAUUCAGAGCUGGUUGGCCAGAGAGUGGUGGCCAUACCCAGGGCCGCCAAGAGCAGGUUCGGGCCCCGGUGAAAAAUUUUUUUUGGGCCCCCCAGCAAGGGCAGACCG